CGCCCGCCGCGAUGGCACGCUACCUCCUCCGCUCGGCCGCCGCCGCCGCCUGGCCUCGCAGCCCGGCCGCGGCGCUCCCCGCGCUCAGCGCUUGGCAGCGGCCCCCGCAGCGGCACUAUGCUGACCAGAGAAUCAAGGUUGCCAACCCGGUGGUGGAAAUGGACGGGGACGAGAUGACCCGGAUCAUCUGGGCCUUCAUCAAGGAGAAGCUGAUUCUGCCCAACGUGGACCUGCAGCUGAAGUACUUCGACCUGGGGCUGCCCCAUCGGGACCAGACGGAGGACCAGGUCACCAUUGAUUCGGCCCUGGCCACUCAGAAGUACAGCGUAGCCGUCAAGUGCGCCACCAUCACCCCCGACGAGGCCCGCGUGGAAGAGUUCAAGCUGAAGAAGAUGUGGAAGAGCCCCAACGGCACCAUCCGGAACAUCCUGGGGGGCACGGUUUUCCGAGAGCCCAUCGUCUGCCGGAACAUCCCCCGCCUAGUCCCAGGCUGGACCAAGCCCAUCACCAUCGGGAGACAUGCUCACGGAGACCAGUACAAAGCCACAGACUUCGUGGCGGAUAAGUCCGGGACCUUUAAGAUGGUUUUCGUGCCCAAAGAUGGCAGUGGUGCCAAGGAGUGGGAAGUCUUUAACUUCCCAGGCGGGGGUGUCGGCAUGGGCAUGUACAACACCGACGAGUCCAUCUUGGGCUUUGCCCACAGCUGCUUCCAGUACGCCAUCCAGAAGAAAUGGCCGCUCUACCUGAGUACCAAGAACACCAUCCUCAAGGCCUACGAUGGGCGCUUCAAGGACAUCUUCCAGGAAGUCUUCGAGAAGCACUAUAAGACAGAGUUCGACAAGCUCAAGAUCUGGUACGAGCACAGGCUCAUCGAUGACAUGGUGGCCCAGGUGCUGAAAUCUGCUGGCGGCUUUGUCUGGGCUUGUAAGAACUACGACGGAGACGUCCAGUCAGACAUCCUGGCCCAAGGGUUCGGCUCCCUGGGCCUCAUGACCUCGGUCCUUGUCUGUCCGGAUGGGAAGACCAUUGAGGCAGAGGCUGCCCACGGCACGGUCACUCGCCACUACCGGGAGCACCAAAAGGGCCGUCCCACCAGCACCAACCCCAUCGCCAGCAUCUUCGCCUGGACCCGAGGCCUGCAGCACCGAGGCAAGCUGGACAGCAACCCUCAGCUGGUCAGGUUUGCCGAGACUCUGGAAAGGGUCUGCGUGGAGACAGUGGAGAGCGGGACAAUGACCAAGGAUUUGGCUGGCUGCAUCCAUGGAUUAAGCAAUGUGAAGUUAAACGAGCAUUUUGUCAACACCACCGACUUCCUGGACGCCAUCAAAAGCAACCUGGACCGAGCCCUGAGCAAGCAGUAGGGGCUGCGGGCGAAGACCCUGCUCCCGGGGACUGGCGCGUGCAGGCGGGGCGGCUCCCGUCCAGCGGGAGUCCUUCGGGGCCCAUCGCUAAAGCUUGAGAGGCCCUUGUGUGGCCACUCUUGGGGAGGAGAGCUUGCCCCCCGCCCCCCCGUUCUGUGACUGCAGAUCUUGCAAGGGGAGGAGAAGGAGGAGGGCUGGGUGCUGUAACUGCCCUGGGCCUGGCCUUGGCUGCCCGAGAGAGGGCUAUUAAACCACGGCUUCUCCCUUA